GGAGACACACAGAGGAGACAGAGAGGAGACACACGGAGGAGUCACAAGACAGCAAGACAUCAUGCACGAGCUUCCGGUGACAGAGACAAUUUCUCUGACGAAAAACACAAGUUUGACGGGGUGCGAGCCUCCAUACGACGAGGGCCGCCUGCCGCUGGUGCUACUGUACAGUGGCGUGCUGGCUGUCGGGCUGCCCGCUAACCUGCUGACCGUGUACCUCACCUGGCUGCAGGUGUCCAGGAAGAACGUGCUGGGCGUGUACCUGUGGAGCCUGUCGUUGUGUGACCUCACCUACCUGGGCACUCUGCCGCUGUGGGCGCACUACGUCAGCAUAGGUCAUUGGUGGCCGUGGAGCUCGGCUGCCUGCAAGCUAACGGGCUACAUCUUUUUCAACAACAUGUACAUCAGCAUCUUCCUGCUCUGCUGCAUCUCCUGCGACCGCUACGUCGCCGUCGUCUACAGUGUGGAGUCCCGUGGUCUCCGGCGGCAGCGUGUCGCAGCCCUCAUCGCUCUUGCCAUCGUGCUGCUGGUUGCUGUUGGUCACAUCCCUGUCUUCACCAUGAGGGAGGGCAACGGCGCAGAGGCCGGAUGCCGCUGCUUUGAGCCUAGUCAAAGCAGCGCCACGGUGACGGGCUUCAACUACGCCCGCUUCGUCGUUGGCUUCCUUAUCCCGCUGCUAGUGCUGAUGGUGACGAACCGUGGCAUCCUGGCCAACGUGCAGCGCAGCACGGGGCUGCGGCGGGAGCAGAAGGAGCGCGUCCGAUGGCUGGCAGUGGCGGUGGUGGUGCUCUUCCUGGUCUGCUUUGCCCCGUACCACAUCAUCCUGCUGGCCCGUGCCGUCAUCUUCCACUUCCCCCAGCCGGAGGACAGCACCUGUCUGCUCGAGAGGAACAUGUACACGCCCUACACCAUCUCGCUCGGCCUGUCCACCGUCAACAGCGCCGUUAACCCCAUCCUCUACGUCCUGUCCAGCGACAACAUCCGCAAAGAGCUGAGGCGAGGUCUUGCGCAGAUCUGUGACCGAGCGACUCUGAGAGCGCGGUCCGACAGCAGCAAGAACAAGAUCCAGAUGCAGAACUCCACAGAGCUGAAACUAGUGACCGAGACACACCCAGGAGGAAAACCAGUGGGGAGCUGACAGACUCUCCCAGCCUGUAUAUAAGCCGUUGUGCCCGACGCCUUUUGUAUUAAUUGUUUUACUAGGAUUUUCUAAAUGAACAUCAUGUGAUGAAGAAGACUUGAAACUAGAGAUCCAGACCAUAAACUCAUCAGGAAAAUGUUUACUAAGAGAAACGGGAGAGGUCGAGAUGCAGCGAACACAUUUAAAAUGUUUCUGUUCCUCAUGAGGAUAAUUAUGAAGAUUGUAGAUCUUUAUGUUACCGCAGUGGGACUCACAUUAAAUGUAAACACUGAUGUCAGUCAUGUGACCUUCGAGGACAUCUCUCUGACCUGAUUCAGGCUCUGCUCUCCGAUUGGCUCGGCUGUCUCUCUGCUGUCAUCCAGACGCUCCGAUUGGCUGACUGAGUUUGUAAACAAGCAGACAGGCCACACCCCUCCUGAAUAUUUAAUGAGCCUGCCAGACAGGGCCACUUAAUAAUUGUGAGGGUUCUGAAUGCUUUUUCAUUUUUCUUUAUUUAUAAUACGUGUUAAUGUUGACGCUUUUAUAAUUAUAAAGUUGUUUCCACUAUAACAAUAACUUCACUGAUAGUACAAUAAAAAAUUAAACAACCU